AUGACCUUCUCCGCCGACUGCCUCCUGGCUCCUAUGCAGAUCCGGAUCGCUGACCUGAUUGAGGAGCGGCUGCCAGCUGAUGAGGCUCAUGCAGCUUACAGCCGAAGCUACCAGGGCUAUGACUAUGCUCUUGCCGGAGAGAGCCUUAACGGGUCCAGUGACGAGGAGCCAGGCUUCCUGGAGACUCUGCCUUCCAAGGGCUCGGUGCAGCACGGGACAGGGCUUUGCAAGCCGUGUGCCUGGUUUUGGAAGCUCCAAGGAUGUAAGAAUGGGGCGGACUGCCUGCACUGCCACCUUUGUCCUGAAACAGAGGUCAAGGAUCGCAAGCGGCGCAAAGCCCCCAAAGGUUCCCGGCUCCAGCCACCGCCCGGCCUGGAAUCCCCGAGCCUCUCAGGGUCACAGAGCGGAUCACAGAGCGACACCGACUGCGAGAUGCAAAGACGGGUGGAGCCCUCUCUGGGUGCCCUCCUUCACUCCAGCGGCCAAUGCAAGCCAUGUAUGUGGUUCUGGAAGAGCCAGGGCUGCGCACGGGGACAGAGUUGCCUCCACUGCCACCUAUGCCCGCCGGGCGAGGUGCGCCGAAGGCGGAAACAGCGCCGAGCACCUGCAGGCGCUCUUUCUGGUGUCCUCUGA